GGAGCAAACACGAGGCAUCGAUCUCCGCACGUGUGACAAGAAUAUUGGUUUGCUUUUCUUCCACUCGACAUCCCUUGUAUAUAAAUAUCUCUACUGAGAGAGAGAUGGAAGCCAGCACCUGAUCUGAUUCUUCGAAGAGCUGAGAUUGCAAGAAGCACAGAAAAAGAAGAAGAAGAGAGAGAGAGAAAUGGAGGAAGGGAAUUUGACUAAUGAGAUAUGGAAGUGGAGGAGGUGUUCGAGUUCAGGUAGGAUGGAGGAAGAAGGAGAAUGCGAGGGAGAAGUGUCGAUCCCACCACCUCAGACUCCUAACGAGCCCAUGGAAUUCCUUUCAAGGUCUUGGAGUCUCUCCGCUGCUGAGAUUUCAAAAGCUCUCGCCGAGAAAAAGAAAUUUUUUCUUCUCGACAAAAAACCCGAUAUACUUCCCGACACUUUCAUUCCUUCUCCCUAUGGAAGCCAGAUACUCGGGCAAAUGGGAAUAUUCCAAUGGCAAGGAUUAUCAGGUCUAAGCCAUUCUCACACAUUUAAUCCUAGCCCUACUGAUUACCGCUUACAAGACAAAGAGCCAUGCAGAACACUUAAUCCGAGCAAUGCACGUCGAGCAACGGUCGGAAAAUGGUUCCACACCAAGGAAUUCAGUAGCAAUAAACUGAAGAAGAAAGAAAAGGCGCGCAUCGACAAUGCACGUGUUCAUGCAGCAAUGUCUGUGGCUGGUGUAGCAGCAGCCGUAGCUGCGUUAGCUGCUGCAGCGAAUUCUGACCAUCCUACUUCCAAGAUGAGCACUGCAAUGGCAUCAGCAACUGAGCUCUUAGCAUCGCACUGUCUGGAGAUUGCGGAGCUAGCAGGGUCCAACCACGAUCGGGUGGCUUCCGUCGUCAGAUCAGCAGUAAACGUCAGGACCCCCGGUGAUCUUAUGACCCUGACAGCAGCAGCCGCAACAGCUUUGCGAGGAGCAGCCACGCUUAAAGCAAGAGUACAGAAGGAAGCAAGGAGCAGUGCAACUAUCAUUCCAUUUGAAAAGGGAGUUGGGUCGACUUGCCAUCUCAUUCAGCUGAGCGAAAAUGCAACGACUUUUAGUGGCUCCGAUAUUCCUAGCAAAGAAGGGAAACUGCUUAAACGCACACGGAAAGGCGUACUUCACUGGAAGCAAGUCUCCAUCUAUGUUAACAAGAAUUCACAGGUCAUGGUUAAGCUUAAAAGCAAGCAUGUUGGAGGGGCAUUUUCCAAGAAGAAAAAGAGUGUUGUCUACGAUGUUUGUGAAGAGAUUCCUGCAUGGCCGGGAAGGGGAAGAGGAAAUGGCGGGGAAGAGAGAGGCUACUUCGGUCUGAAAACAGCACAAGGUCUUCUAGAGUUCGAGUGCAAGAACAGGAUUCAUCGGCAGAGAUGGGUGGACAGCAUUCGGGAUCUUCUACGACAGGUGGGCAGCAUUGAACAGACAGAGCAAUCCCUAGAAUUAUUAAAGAUCAAUUAGGGAUUAGUUGUUGGGCUUUUCAUGUAAUAACAUUUGAGGUGAAGCUGAUACAUAUGCAAGGAAGUUCGAUGACUCUUUCUCACAGCACAUCUAACGACUGACAGAGAUGAGAAGGUUAUAAUAAUGAAAAUAUGCAUGUGAGACAGAUUUUUGAACCUUUUAAUCUACUUCAAAUGACAUACAAAAAAGAGUUUUUGACAUAA